UCGCUCACCUUCUCUCAGUAACCGUUCAGACUUCGCGCUGGACGAAUACCCGGCCAGCACGGGACGAGAUAGUGAAGUGCGAUGUGAGGCUCCGUAGACUUCUUCGGAAAUGAAGUCGCGCGGAGGGAAAAUGUUCACGUUUACUAACAUAUUUGAUUUUUGAAGAAAAUAGUAAACAAAAUGUGAUGAUACGGUACAUAUAUAUACCUAUGUGAUAUUUUCCUGUUUUUAUUUUAUAAGAAUUAAAGUUUUAUAAUGAAAUAUCCAUAUAGAAUUUGAUCCUGAUGAUGACGUGAGCAUUGGAUAUAAUGGACAGAUUCGUCGCCAACAUGAGACGUACAUUCUUUCACAAGGUCGGGACGAGAGACAGUAAAGAACGUGAAAAAAAGAAAUAGAAUAAGAGGAAACAGUAAUAAACAAAUAAAAAACAGACAAACAAACACGCACAGAAUAAUGAAGUAAGAUAACCUUCGUACAUUUGUAUAAUAAGAGUAAUAAUAAUAAUGAUAAAAAACAGAGCUAUAUUUUUUUCUACAACGAACAUACAGUAGCGAAAGAAUGUGAAGGAACUCUGCUGUAUUAUCAUCAUUGUUUUCUUCUCGAUAAGAUGAGGAAAAUUUGCGUCGAUGUUGGAGACAAUCAUCACCGUGACGUCAUUUUCCGUGAAGAUGUAUCGACCAAUAGGAACGGCCCACAUCGCGCUCUUUAUUCUCCUCGGCUUCUGUGGUGACAAAGGCUGGGCGGUGCGGCUGCAGAAGUUCCGAGUGAAGCCGGAGAGCGUCGAGGUGACGGAGGGAGAAGACGUGAGGCUGAGCUGCGUCGUCGAGAACCAGCAGGGGAAGGCGCAGUGGACCAAGGACGGCUUCGCUCUCGGGUUCGAGCGCGACGUGCCCGGCUACCCGCGGUACUCGUACUCGGGCGACCCGAGCCUGGGGCAGCACCACCUGGUCAUCAGCGGCGUCACGCUCACGGAGGACGGCGAGUACCAGUGCCAGGUCGGCCCCACGGACCGCACGCCGCCUAUCUGGGCCGCGGCCAACGUCACCGUCCUGCGUGAGUCAAGGCUUGCACUUGCCUCAUUCUUUGUUAUAUUUCCAUAA